AUGUCGUCCUCUUCGGAGAAAGUCAAUGAUGAUCCCAUCGGUCGAACAUCACUAACGAGCGCUGCAGCUCGUGCAAGCGAGUCCAACCGAUCCAAUCCACUUCUCCAGGAUCUAUUUGCACGUGUCUACGCAGGUCAGAUCGGUCCGGAAAGUGUGGAGAGCUUCUCUCACAUGGAGCAGACAACAGUGGAAUUAUUCACAACGGACAUUGUCGUGCGUGCUCGUUACUUGGAUGAUCUACUUACGAAAAUGGCUGUUACUAUUAAACAGAUUGUCAUACUCGCUUGUGGUGGUGACUUUCGUCCUUAUAGAUUGUCUCUGACGAACAGUUCUUCAGCCACUAAUUUCUAUCUAUUGGACGUACCGCAAGUGCUUGCUUAUCGGCAACAAUGUCUAGAACGUCUUCAACCGCUUACACCAACAGCAAAUUGCAAGAUCGUUGAAAUUGCGUGCGAUUUAACCAAUGAUAAAUGGUUGUCGAAAUUGGUUGAACAUGGUUUCCAUUCUGAUCAACCUACAUUCUGGCUUGCCGAAGGCUUUUUUCAAUAUCUUGUCGAGAAAGACGUCCGACGAAUUUUUGACCAAAUCAGACAAGUGUCAGCGAAGGAUUCACACAUCGCAUUUGAUCUCGUAUCAAGCCGACGACAAAAGGCAUUAACAAUUAUUCGCUUUACUCUCGAUGAUGAACAAGAAGUACGUCGGAUUUUUACCGAAUUGGGCUGUGUCGAGAUCGAAUGUACACCAUUCCAGCAGGUCGGUACCAUGUAUGGUCGUUCAGUUUCACGCGAUCGAACAUUUAUAGUCAACGCCAAAUUAUCUCAUUUAUAG